GACGCGUUUCAGGAAGUAGUUGGCGCCUGAAGCUUCGUUUUCGGAUAGCUAGCACGCUAACCGUAACCAUGAACGACAUACUCGUAUUUUGAAGUUUCGCCUCAGCGUUAUAUGAGAAUUUCGAAAUGAACGAGAUGGAAUUCAGCGUUCCCCUGUCUUCUUUGGCACUUCUGGUCCCACCUCUCCGGUUGAUGUCAGCUGUGAUGUGGGAGGUGGUGAGACAGAGGAACAUCAAGCACUAUGGUAAACUGGAGGAGUUUGUGUCCAUGGUAACGGAUGCAGUCCCUGAACUGAUGAGCAAAAGAGAAGGAAGACUGCUCUCACUGGGCCUGAGGGCUCGGACAACUCUUGAACUUUUGCGCUCAGAACAUCCUGAAGAUCUCAAAGCAGUUGAGACUCAUCUGAACAGAAUCAGAACUUCUUGCAUUGAGGAGACAAACAGCCCUGUGAUCGAAGCCCCAGAAGCGAAUUUUAUGAAGCUGGUGCAGGGCCUCAUUGAAGACACGGAUGGCAGGGAACAUUUCCUUAAGAACGUGUUUCCGGUGGAAUACGGCCCCGACUUUGACACAGCAUUAGAAACUCUAGUUUGUGAAUUCUUCUCCAGGCUAGAAGAGCUCCUUCCAAUCCCAGAUUUCAAACAGACUGCAUCCUGGAUCAGUGCUGCCCCCGCUGUCCUGGAGGAGUACAUGCAGUGUGUCUCAAAUGGAGAUGACCUCAAGUUUCUUCUUCAGAGCAAACAGUGCCAUGGGAAGCUGGCAAAGAGUUCUGUUGCCCCGUUCCAAUCCGAUGAUCUCCUUAUUCCAUCUCUAUCGCUCCCUCCGUCCCUGGAAGUGGCCAUCUCUUCUCACCCGAGUGCGUGUGACGACGACGUCCACAACGACGACGGCGUUCCUCAGAUCGUCAUGUUUGACGAAGAGCUUUCCACAAACCCUUCCACGUCGACCGACUUCCCCGAGUUACCAAAACCGGCCGACAUCUCCUCAUCUGCCUGCAGCAAAUCGCAGCCAGAGGUCCAUAAAUGCUCAGAGUGCGGCAAAUGCUUCAAGCAUCACUCUGUCCUGAUGGAGCAUCAGCGAGUCCACAGCGGCCUCCACCCCUACAACUGCUCCGUGUGCGGCCGAGCGUUCAGAACAGCCACGCUGCUCGCCGGACACCGACUCCGGAAAUGUAAGAACGCCGCGUACCUCUGCAUCAAAUGCGGGAACAACUUUCCCACGUCGCUUGACAAAUUCCGACACCACUGUCCGAAGCGGGGGCGAAGCUAUGACUGCCAACAGUGUGGGAAGAGUUUUCCGAAGUCCAGCGGCCUGAAGGAGCACCUGCUGACUCAUGCUCAAAGCCGCCUUUUCAAGUGCAGCCACUGCGGCCUGGGUUUUUCCGGAAUCGGGGACCUUAAAUACCACCAGCAGGUGGAUCACGAAAAGCCUUACAAGUGCAGUCGAUGCGGGAAGAGUUUUAUUUCUCCAAAGAGCUUAGCUAAACACCAACAACGGCACGAAGGGCACGGCGAAAUCGGGAUGGGAAAGCUGAUGGGCGGCGGUAAACAUCAGAAAAGUGGCUUAGGUCACCGGACUUCUUCGUUGCUGUCCUUGAGGAAGACUUCUUUCAAAGCGGGCUACCCCCGAGGAAGGCUGACUCACAACUGCCCACUGUGUGGUCGCAGCUUCAAGUACCGCUUUGAGUUUCUGGAGCACCAGAGGUUCCACACGGCCGUGAAGCCGUACAAAUGCUCCCAGUGCGGCAAAGCCUUCCGCACCGAGGCGCACCUCUCAGGCCACCGGAAGCGGAAGUGCAAGAACGCCGCGCACAUUUGCACCAAGUGUGGCUGUCAGUUCAGGUCCUUGCACGAGCGCAUGCGCCACACAUGCGUGCAGCUGCUAACUAAAUAUGAGUGCUCCCACUGUGGCAAGACCUUCAAGAUGGCCCACAUGCUCAGGAACCAUCAAAUGAGCGAGCACCAGCUCCCCUACAGCCCCAACCACCGCUUCAGAUGCAGGUACUGCGACGAGACCUUCCCCGGCAUCAGCGAGCUGAAGUACCACCAGAGGGUCGACCACGAGAAGCCUUACCAGUGUCAGGAGUGCGGGAAGUGCUUCCUGUCGGAGAAAUGCCUGUCCAACCACGAGCUGCGCCACAACGACGAGCGGCCUGAAAGCUGCCUGGUGUGCGGUCGCGGCUUUAGGAACCGCUACGAUUUAAAGCAGCACAUGCGCACCCACACCGGGGAGCGGCCUUACCAGUGCACGCACUGCUCGCAGUGCUUCUCCACCGCCGGAGGACUGAGGAGUCACACCAGGGUCCACACAGGCGAGAAGCCGCACGUUUGCCCCGACUGCGGCAAAGCCUUCUCCCAGAUGGGCGCCAUGCGCACCCACCGGCUGACCCACACCGGAGAGAGACCCUUCAAGUGCACGGUGUGUGGCAAGGGCUUCACAAUGGCACACAAAGUGACGGUGCACAUGCGCGUGCACACCGGCGAGCGGCCCUACGUGUGCUCGCAGUGCGGGAAGGCCUUCUCGGACGGAAGCGUGCUGAAGCAGCACAUGCUGAACCACUCGGGGGUGAGACCGUACCACUGCCAGAUCUGUCCCAAGACCUACACCUGCCUGAACCACCUGAGGAGACACCUGAAGAGCCACUCUAACAUGAACUAGCCCCGCCCACAUAGUCGCACACUAUAACACCAGGGCAGUAGCUAAUAACGGAUUGAAUCCACUGAAAAAUUGCACUUGUUUGUACUUGAGGACUGAAACGUUAGAGGACCAACAAAUCCAGAUUCAGACCCGAUGAGCCUAAAAAUGAACUGAACGGAUUCUUUUGAUCUUAUUUGCAAAGGUGAUCUGAGUGCAGCACAAGCCAAUCUCUGCUGUUAUGAAGAUCUUUGUUUGUUUCAAAUGUAUGACUAGUUUGCAGUAAACAUCUUUCUCCACAACGUCCUGCAACUCACAGAGGAGAAAACACAGAUUUUAAUAAUUAAACCCAGCUUGUUAUCAUUUAAAAAAAAGUGAAGAAAAAGAGCUUCAUCCUCAAAAUGAAGGUCUGCUGUUCUCCUCUGUGACCUCUAGGGGGUGCUGCGUACCAGAAUUGAGGUGCUGGAAUUAUGAAAGUUGCAGUGGUUACUUUUUUUUUUUUUUAAGUCUUUAAAAGACUUUUGUAAAUAUGCUGAAUAAUAAGUGCAAAGCAAUGCUGAUGGGCUUAAUUUUAAAACCAAUGUUACAUAACUGGCUCACUGUAGACUUUAAUUUUUUUGUUUUUUUUAGUACUUUCAAGUUAAAACAACCUUUUUUCUUAGUUUGAAUAAAUUUUACCAGGGAAGAAAAGCUUUACAGUAAUUUUUUGGACGUCGCUUCCUUAAACCUUAACAAGAAAAUCCAUAUUGGACGUGUUCGGUUACCCUUCAGCAAAAAAAAAAAAAAGGCUGCUAAUUAGAGUAAUUUAAACAUGUCGGAGAGACUUGAUUGAUGUUAAUGACGGCGGAAGAGCGUCCCUUUCCUGUUGUUAACGUUUUCUCCCUCUUGAUUAACAGUUUCCGCCUGUUUUGAUGGCCAGACAGAAUCUGAAGUGUUCAAAGCGCUGAUCAAAAGAGAGAUGAUCCCCUGAAAUGAGUCUUUGGCAGCGCCGGCAAACCACUUUAGUCAACAGAGAAAUCCCAUUUUCAUCAGCUCUGUCUUAAAACAUGCAGAUUUGAUUCUGAGGGGAAAGGAAAUUCAGAUUCUUAUGAACGCUGAUGGCUUCCAUGUGUGUCAGAAUGCCGCUGGAAAAACAAAUGUUUCUGCUACUAUACUCAGGUUUUUCACCUAAAAACCAGGGAUGAAUGUUUUUGCUUUAUGGCCAAACCUUUUGUUUUACACCUUUCUGUUGGUACUAUCAGUUGCAUUCAUUGCAUCCAUCUCCUUGCAUGUUUUUCCCAUUUGCUUUCAAUUCCAAAUGGAAAAUGUUGUAUUUUUAAAGAAAUUCUGCAAGUUUUUUUCCUUUUUUUUUCUCCUUAAAUCCCAGCAGGGUGCCAAAGAUUUCCUCCAGAUUUUCUUGGAGUAAUUGUUUCCUGAUUUUAGGCUGGUAUUAAGACAUCCUAAGAUGCAUGCAUCUCAACUUCUCCAGAGCCACACAGCUGCAAAACAAAAAAAAACCCUGCAAAUUUACUGUGGGAGCUUGCUAAUAAACACAGAUCUUUACCAGA